CCGCUUUUUGGUUGUUUACCCACGUGACGUGCCAUCUGGUGCAUGACCUAAGGUGACCCACCCGCCACAGUUGCGCAUGCGAACUGAAGACAUCAAUCAUGGCGGAAGCGAACUCGAAACCCGGUGUAGAAUAUGAUGAAGCCAUCAUGGCACAGCAGGACAGGAUCCAACAAGAGAUAGCAGAAACUUCCCAGCUGAUAGGGGACCACGAGGAUCUUCUCCUGCUGUCCAAAGAAUACUCAGAGGAGGACAAUGUCUACCAGGGGAAAAUUAAGGACUUGAGAAGUAAAUACAAGUGCUUCAGAAGAACAAGGGGGGAUGGGAACUGCUUCUAUAGGGCUUUUGGCUUUUCCUAUCUGGAGAGGUUGCUUGAUGACAGAAAAGAUUUGGAAAGGUUCAAAGAGGUUGCUGCUAAAAGUAAAGAUAUGCUGGUGUCCCUUGGAUUCCCCGCCUUCACAGUAGAAGACUUCCACGAUACUUUCAUGGAGGUUGUAGAGAAGGUUGAACAACAGAUCCCAGUGGAGGAUUUGUUAGCAACCUUCCGAGACCAGGGCCUGUCAGACUAUCUGGUGGUCUACUUGCGGCUCCUAACAUCAGGCUACUUGCAACAAAAUGAAGACUUCUUUGUGAACUUCAUUGAAAGCUAUGCUUCUGUCAAAGAGUUCUGUGGCCAUGAGGUGGAGCCGAUGGCCAGGGAAAGUGACCACAUCCACAUCAUAGCCCUGACAUCAAGCCUGGACGUUGGUGUUCGUGUGGAAUACAUGGACCGGGCUGGUUCAGAGGAAGUCAACCACCAUGAUUUUCCUGAAGGCACAGAGCCAAAGGUGUUCCUGUUGUAUAGACCAGGACACUACGACAUAUUGUACAAAUGAAUCAUGAUCGACUGGCUAAUUUUACGGAACCCUUGAUUCAAUAUACAGGUAGCAAUGCCAGCUAUGGAUAAGAAAUUAAUAGUGUAUGUAUAAAGAAAUGCUUUGUACUAAUUGUAGAGUUUUUUUCACUUUCAGACACAGUUGUACUCACGGCUUUCCUUUUUUGUUACUACAUUUUGUAUUUCUCUUGUUAUUACCAAGUACCCUUGCCAACUGGUUUUGAAUCUGUAAAUUGUAAAGGGGAGAAUAUCAAGAAGACCUUUCAUUUCAUAAACUUCAGACAGAUAAGCUUCUAGGACAUUUCUAUCUUCUGGUAACUUGGCAUCCUUUUUGGUGACUCUUACAGUUGUAAUAGUCCAACAUUGUAUGGGUGCAAUUGCUCUAACGGGCUCAUUUUCAAUUAUGAAAUGAUCAAGUCUAUUUCUGUGAAAGAACUACUACAAUGCUGACAAGCAGUAUUUCAUACCUCAAUCACCCUCCAACCUUUUUCACAUGUGAGAUUGGUUGUCAGGAUCACAAGGGAGAUACUCAUGACUCUAACCCUUUCUUUCAACCAUGAAAAUUAAAGUAUGUUGACCACA